AGCUCAGCAGCGAAGAACCGAUCGGGCUGCUUUUGUAGAACUGCUUUUGGCCAGCGGGGGAACUACCGGAGCGCUCCGACUUUAUGGAUCUCGAAGCGACCCACUUUGCAGCGGUUUGACGUCACGUCGCACUUUUUUUUUUUUUUUUUCAUUUUCUACUUUUUCCCGGCUCGGAAAGGAGAUGAUGAAAUCAGCCGAGGAGGACUCGUACGGCUACACGCCCAACGUCAGCCUCGCCCUCCCGCUGGGCAACCCUUGCCUGGCCCCGCAGUACCUGAGCCUCCAGUCCAGCCCGGUCAUCUCGGUCUCGGAGGCCCCCGUCUUCGACGGCCGGGACGACCUGAGCGCCGCCGGCUACUACUCUGUCCGUCCCGACGGGGCGCCCGCCCUGGAGAGCCCUCGCAUCGAGAUCACGGCCUACGGUCAGUUCUCCGAAGACGCCCCGGAGCAGGACAGCCUUCCGGCGGCCAAGCGCGUCAACUCCGUCGUCACGCUGACGCUCCCCAGUGCCGACGGUUACCGGGACCCCAGCUGCUUGAGUCCCGCCAGCAGCGUCUCGUCCCGCAGUUGCCAGUCGGAGGCGUCCUCCUAUGAGUCAAGCUUCUCGUACAACUGCGACCAAUCGCCGCAGAACUCCCCGUGGCAGUCUCCCUCCGUCUCCCCUAAGGGUUCCACCCUGGCUCUGCCGGGCAGCUCCCCGAAACGUUCCCCCGCCACGUCACCCCAGACAAGCGUGACGGACGACCCCUUCGUCGGUCGGGGAUGCUCCAGGCCCAACUCCCCUUGCGGUUCAAAGAGGAAGUACAGCUUCAACGACGGCGGGGUGGUCCACAAGCACUUCCAGCCCUCGCCCAACCACUCGCCUGGCCGGUCACCCCAAACCUCGCCCCGCCUCAGCGUCACCGAGGAGUCCUGGCUGCCCAACACCAACCAGUACACCAACUCGGCCAUCUUGGCGGCCAUCAACGCCCUGAGCACGGACGGCAUGGCCGACCUGGGCGAAGGCAUACCCGUGAAGGCCCGGCGGACCGGUCUGGAGCUGGGCCCCGCCGUCAGCCUCAAGCUGGAGCCCGGCAACGAGGAGCUGACAUCCGGGGUGCCGUGUCGAGACGAGCACUCCUCCAACCGCCUUCCACUGAAGAAGGAGGUGUACUGCGGAGGGUUCCUGGACCUGCCUCAGCACCAGUACUCCUGGUCUAAACCCAAGCAGUACAUCAGCCCGUCCCUGCCGGCCCUCGACUGGCAGCUGCCGUCCAGCUCGGGACCCUACAGCCUGCAGAUCGAGGUGCAGCCCAAAUCCCACCACCGGGCCCACUAUGAGACCGAAGGCAGCAGGGGGGCGGUGAAGGCUCUGGGCGGAGGACACCCCAUCGUACAGCUCCGCGGCUACGUGUCCAGCGAGCCGCUGACGCUGCAGCUGUUCAUCGGCACGGCGGACGAGCGGCUGCUGCGGCCGCACGCCUUCUACCAGGUGCACCGCAUCACCGGCAAGACCGUGUCCACGCCGAGCCACGAGGCGCUCUGCAACAACAACACCAAAGUGCUGGAGAUUCCGCUGCUGCCCGACAACAACAUGCGAGCCAUGAUCGACUGCGCGGGCAUCCUGAAGCUGCGCAACUCCGACAUCGAGCUGCGCAAGGGCGAGACCGACAUCGGGCGCAAGAACACGCGGGUGCGGAUGGUGUUCCGGGUGCACAUCAACCAGGCCGGCGGCAGGACCGUGUCCCUCCAGGCCGCGUCCAACCCCAUCGAGUGCUCCCAGAGGUCGGCUCAGGAACUGCCCCUGGUGGACAAGCAGAGCGCCGAGAGCGGCGCCGCCCCCGGAGGCCAGACCCUGAAACUGGACGGGCACAACUUCCAGGCCGACUCCAAGGUGGUGUUUGUGGAGAAGGCUCAAGACGGCCGUCACCUGUGGGAGACCGAGGCCAAGGUGGACCGGGACGCCUCCAAGCAUAACACGCUGCUGGUGGAAAUCCCGCCGUACCGCAACCGGCGUCUCUCGGCGCCGGCGCACGUCAACUUUUACGUCUGCAACGGCAAAAGGAAACGGAGUCAGUACCAGCGCUUCACCUACCUGCCGUCCGCAGCCACGGGCCCGCUCGCUGACUCACGUCCGUCUCCUCCCGCCGUCGCGGUUCCGGCCAUCAAAACGGAGCCGCGGGACGACUACGACGCCCCCCCCAAGCCCUUCUUCCCCCCUCAGCGGCGAUCGGCCCCCCGGCCCGACCCGCCUUCCUCCCCGAGCGCCGGCCCCAAAUUGCACGACUUGUCCCACGUCUCCAUCAUCCGGGAGACCCCCGGCCGCUUCCGACCGCCGUCCCGGGGCGGCAUCAGCAUCAAGGAGGAACCGCAGGAACUGGACCAGAUGUACCUUGAUGACGUCAAUGAGAUCAUCAGGAACGACCUGUCCAGCAUCUCCGUCCACAGCCACGCGUAGAAUGGCGAAAACGCGUCGCCAUGGCAACCAGGGGUCCAACGCUUGCCUCGUUUCCU